AUGUCCAGAUAUAAUCUCGAUGAGUGCACAAAGAACAAUGCCGCUUGUCCUCAAGGAUCCAACUGCAUAGAUACACCUGGUGGAUACGGAUGUACAUACUGCUCACCUGAUGUAAAUAUUUUGGGUGGAGGAACAUCAAUCGCGCGCAGUAGAGGGAUUACACUGACCAGUCGACUCAACGUUAGUGCAAACUGCGUUGACAAACGUGUUGAGUAUAUAUGGGAGUUUUUUCCACCCAGCGGAACACGGUGGCAAGUUCUUGCCGAUGUUGUUUCCACAAAAGCAGACCUCCUGGUUGCUCCCAGAACACUCCAGUAUGGCCUAUACCUGUUUAGACUAUCUGUGCUUGUGACUGAGACUACUACCGGGGCUGUAGUUUCGGGUAUAAGUCAUAACACAUCGGUGAGCAUCACGCCCUCCCCUCUCAUUGCUGGAAUUUUGGGAGGGGCCAGAAGGCAGGUUGGAGUUGGGAAAUUUACCAUAGAUGCGGCCACGCUGUCAUCGGAUCCGGACGGCAUCAUAUCAAGGAGCGCGGACCUGGACUAUCGCUGGUCUUGUGAUCCUAUCAAUGGAGAUUGUCCUGCAUUGCAUGGAGGAACCGAUGGUCUCCUUACAGUAAAUACCAACCGGGGUUCACUUAACUCCGAGCUGACGUUUACUGUGGAGGUGUCUGCACCCAACAGGGGCAGUGCUUCUGCGAGUCAGGUCAUAGAGGUUGUUCCUUCGACAAUUCCACAGUCAUCAAUCAUUUGUGACACAACCUACGGAACCUGCGGCCCCAAAAUCAACUCCGGUGAAAGGUUGAGGCUAUCCGCGCUGUGCAGCAACUGUCGAGCAGAUCCCAACAACUACAGGUACAACUGGACAUUGGUGCAGACACAGGGAGUGGCUACGACUUGGACAGACGAAGACUGGAAGGCAAACAUACUGAAUGACAGAAGUCAAGACUACGUGACGUUCAGGGCAGAGAUUUUCGAUCCGCAAGUCCAGUACACUGUGACUUCUACAGUGACGGACAGUAACACAGGGGAGUCUGGUUCUGCCGAGUACUCUUUCACAGUUAAUCAGCCACCAACUGUAGGGACCUGUGAGAUUCAUGAGUUAGGCAACGCAGCUGGAUUCUUUCAGAUACAGUGUCAAGGUAAUGAAAAUAUUCUAUGA